GUCCGGCGCUGAGGCGUCGCCUGUGAGGGAAGGAAAGGCGGGCAAAGCGGUCCGGACGGAGCAGCAACCCCGGCGUCGUGCAUGGAGGGCGGCGGGCAGGAGGAGGAGGAGGCCGGGCAGCCGCCGCUGGCCCCGCUCCGUAAGUCCUUCUCCCACCUUGUCAGUGUUGUGCUUUGCCCUCCUGAUGCGCCUGGAGUCCCUCUGUGAGGAGAAAGUGGCCUAGAAGUCCACAGGAAGCGGAUUCUCUGUGAGGGCCCCAUCUUCACUGACAUAUAAUCCACUUUAAAGCAGGAGCCAGAACGUGAACCUUUAUAGGAUCCAAAUGUCUGCUGAGUGGAUGACGUGUCUACGGUAAUUAAGGCCAACAUGGGUUCAUGUUUCCUGGUCAUCCUGCUUAGCAGCUACCUGACGUGCCUAGGAUCUGCCAGCAUGACCACAGUACUGCCCUCAGUUGUCAAUUCUUCCUGGACCACAAGUUCUGUGAAAAUUGCCAGGACACAGCCAAGUACCAGGAAGACCACAAGUGCAAUCAGUAAAAAUGUGACUUCUCCGACAGUGUCUCCUACAGUGGCACAGAACUAUACUACGCCAAAGGCUACUGAACUCCCUGCUGCCACAACCAGCAGCUCACCAGUCACAGAGGUGACGAGUAUCAAGGCAGCUGUGGCCACUUCUGGGAUCACUUCCCUUUCACCAAAUGCCACGUCCACCGUUCCGCACACGACUGCUAUAGACACUGACCUGAUUCCUUUGGAGGCCAACACCACAGCAGCAGCAUCAACUUCAAAAGUCUUUGACACUUCAACGGAGAUAACAAGAGACCCAGAUAACGAUCUUGGACGAGAUGAGACACCCAUCAUUGCUGUUAUGGUGGCAUUGUCUUCCUUGCUAGUCAUAGUAUUUAUUAUUAUUGUCCUGUACAUGUUAAGGUUUAAAAAAUACAAGCAAGCUGGGAGUCAUUCCAAUUCUUUUCAUUUGUCGAACGGUCGGACAGAUGAUAUGGAGCCUCAGAGCAUGCCGCUGCUUGCCCGAUCUCCCAGCACCAACAGAAAGUACCCUCCGCUGCCGGUUGAUAAACUGGAGGAGGAAAUUAACCGGCGUAUGGCAGAUGACAACAAACUUUUCCGUGAGGAAUUCAAUGCUCUCCCAGCAUGCCCCAUCCAGGCUACCUGUGAAGCUGCCUCUAAGGAAGAAAACAAGGAGAAGAACAGAUACGUCAACAUCCUGCCUUAUGAUCAUUCCAGGCUUCAUCUGACACCUCUUGAAGGGGUUCCAGACUCCGACUACAUCAAUGCCUCAUUCAUUAAUGGGUAUCAAGAGAAGAACAAGUUCAUUGCAGCCCAAGGACCAAAAGAAGAAACUGUGAAUGACUUCUGGAGAAUGAUUUGGGAGCAAAACACAGCGACGAUUGUCAUGGUGACCAAUUUGAAAGAGAGGAAAGAGUGUAAAUGUGCUCAGUACUGGCCAGAUCAGGGUUGUUGGACCUACGGAAAUAUCAGAGUGUCCGUGGAAGACGUGACUGUCCUGGUUGACUAUACGGUGCGGAAAUUCUGCAUUCAGCAGGUAGGCGAUGUCACCAACAAAAAGCCUCAGCGCCUGGUGACGCAAUUCCACUUCACCAGCUGGCCUGAUUUUGGGGUUCCCUUCACUCCCAUUGGGAUGCUAAAGUUCUUGAAGAAGGUGAAGACAUGUAACCCGCAGUACGCAGGGGCCAUCGUUGUACACUGCAGUGCUGGCGUGGGCCGGACAGGCACUUUCAUUGUCAUUGACGCCAUGCUGGACAUGAUGAACACUGAGAGGAAGGUGGAUGUUUAUGGGUUUGUAAGCCGCAUCCGGGCCCAGCGCUGCCAGAUGGUACAGACUGAUAUGCAGUAUGUGUUCAUCUAUCAAGCUCUUUUGGAGCAUUAUUUGUAUGGAGACACAGAACUGGAGGUGACAUCACUUGAGGUCCAUCUCCAGAAGAUUUAUAACAAAAUCCCAGGGACCAGCACCAAUGGAUUGGAAGAGGAAUUUAAGAAGCUAACCUCAAUCAAAAUUCAAAAUGACAAGAUGAGGACGGGCAACUUGCCGGCCAACAUGAAGAAGAACAGGGUGCUCCAGAUCAUUCCAUAUGAGUUCAACCGGGUGAUCAUUCCAGUAAAGAGGGGUGAAGAAAACACUGAUUACGUGAACGCUUCCUUUAUUGACGGCUAUCGUCAGAAGGACUCCUACAUAGCCAGCCAGGGUCCGCUCCAGCACACACUAGAGGACUUCUGGCGCAUGAUCUGGGAAUGGAAAUCCUGUUCCAUUGUUAUGUUGACUGAACUAGAAGAGAGAGGUCAGGAAAAAUGUGCCCAGUAUUGGCCUUCUGAUGGGUCUGUAUCCUAUGGUGAUAUUACCGUAGAGCUGAAGAAAGAAGAGGAGUGUGAGAGCUACACAGUGCGGGACUUCUUGGUGACAAAUACGCGGGAAAACAAGAGCCGGCAGAUCCGGCAGUUCCACUUCCAUGGAUGGCCGGAGGUUGGCAUCCCCACCGACGGGAAAGGAAUGAUCAAUAUCAUUGCAGCUGUGCAGAAGCAGCAGCAGCAGUCCGGAAACCACCCAAUCACGGUGCACUGCAGCGCUGGAGCUGGACGAACGGGGACCUUCUGUGCAUUGGGCACCGUCUUGGAAAGGGUCAAGGCUGAAGGGAUUCUGGAUGUUUUCCAGACGGUGAAGAGCUUGAGGUUACAGAGGCCACACAUGGUUCAAACACUGGAACAGUACGAAUUCUGUUACAAGGUGGUUCAGGAAUACAUUGACGCCUUUUCAGAUUACGCCAACUUCAAGUGAAUGCGGACAUCACCCAACGGAAGAGUUGCCUUCUUUAAUACUUUGUAAUAUUCUGUUUGUUAAUAUCCCCUGCCCCUCUCCCCCAAAGUGUAUAUAUAUUAACUGUUCUGGAGGGUUGGUACCAUAAGAUUCCUAUUAGCUGGAGAUUUUAUAUGUAGCAAAAAGUGUUAGAAAGAGAUUGUAGGCACUUUUUUCCAAUGUUUUAUUGGGGAAUUUAAUAGCGUGAUAUUUGGAUUAAUAUUGUCAAACCUCUCUCCUGGAGAGUUGAUGCAGGCUGUUUUUGUUUUGUAAAUCUAUUUUUUUUUCCUUGAGGGAGUAAAGCCUUUUUUAAAAAACCAAAUGAGAUUGUUCAUAUCAGCUGUUUCUUUUUUUUUAAUUGCUCAUGAAUGCUAUGUUAAAGGUAAGCUUCCCCCUACCCCCUUGCCAGCCCAUUGGAAAGUGGUAUGUUCCAUUUGUUUGUAUUAUAUUUAUCAGAGAUUUUAAAUAACAGGAGGAAAGCUGUCUCUGUUGCCUCUCUGCACACAGGACGUUCUUCCCCAUUUUAAAAGAUGUGGCUCCCACUCCAUACUGGAGUCCCAUGGGGUUAUUUCUGGAUGUCUAAACAAGCAACUCAUAUGGAUAUGAGACACAGUAUUAGGAAUUUCCUUUGUGAAAAAGAGCUUACUCACCUGUAAAGAUCAUUUUGAGUGUUUACGAAUCGCAACGCCACACACCACUUUUGAGGCAUCACUUACUUUGUUUUGGACCAACAGCUUUUCUAACGGCACCAUCCAAUGCUUAAGAUCAGCUAAACUGUCCCCUGCUUUGUCUGUUUGCUUAUAAAUGAGUUACAUCUAUUUCUGUUGAUAUGCCUCCGUCUCCCUUGGACUUCAUAGAGCACAGACCAUGUCUUCUGCUUGAUGCAGAUCUACUGCCCAUAAUGGUGGCAGACCUUCCAUAUUCCCUAUGACACAGAUGUAUCCAUAUCAUCCCAUGGUUCUGCAUUAUUGACUGCCAGAUAGAGAAAUGCAAUAGGUAAACCUGCCUAAAAAUGGUGGAAAGAUCUUGUUGCUGAGCUUUUAGAACAGGCAUGGGCAGGGUUUGGCCCUCCAAGUGUUUUCAACUUCAACGCCGAUAGGCUGUUAGGAAUUGUGAGAGUUGAAGUCCAAAACACCUGGAGGGCUGAAGUUUGCCCAUGCCUGUUCUAGAACCUCCUGUUGCCUAUUGUCAUCAGUGGUCAGCACAGCAGGCAACAGCUUCCCCAGUUUGUCAGAAGCAAGAAGAGAGGAGGAGAGCAUGUAAUGGUAAUGGUCCAAUGCAGUCCCAAAUUCCGGUCUUCAUUUCUUUCUUUCACAGCUUGAUUAUGUUGCACCUUUCGUCUUCAUCCCUUGCCUUGUUUGACAUCUCUCAUUGACAUCCAAUCCUCGAUUGCUUGAGCUAAUAUCAACCAUAACUUGACACUGUCAUUUUUUCCUCUAGAUCAGAGCUGGGGAAUUGGUCAGUCCUCCAAAUAUUGCUAUAAGUCCCUGCAGCCCUAGCUGAUAGUGAGGAGAUCUGGGAGUUGCAGUGCAACAGCAUCUGGAAUUUGACACAGUUGCUACCUGUUUUUUAGGUGCUUGCACCUUCUGUGAUAUUAAAUGGAAAGGAUGCAAGAUCCUACUUAUCAUGUCAUGCAGUCAAGGCCUGGCUUCAUCAUCUUUGGAAAAAUGGAGUUCAGUAGGAACCCAGCUUUAGAAAUUUGUGAAACAGAUCUGCCUUAUUUCCAGCAAAUAUCAUUUUGACCCUCUUUCUUGCCUUCUUGAUUUGUCUUCUCUCCAUAUCCCUUUUCGGGAAAGUAACUUUAUUUGUAAAGGCACACUUUAGUCACUUUGCUCUCAUCUCCCUUUUGAAUUGUUUGACCAGAAGCUCACUGUGAAAAGAGCAUGAACUACAUAUCUGUCCUUUCAGAGAAGGGGAGGGAAGAAUAAAGUGCAUCCUUGAUUUGGAGGAUUUGCUUCCUGAGCUAGUGGAAGCAUGUGAAUACUCAGCUACUCUGAGGUAAAUGUAUAUAUAUUAGGGAAUGAAGGCAUGAUAACAGAUAAUGAAUGAGUGGUCAUUACCUUGUUGGCUUGUGAGUCUGGUUGUAGGAAUCCUGGGAUCAUUCUGAGUAUUUCACAUUUUCCUUGACAACUUGGAUCAACCUAAAUGAUUGUGCAGAUGCAAGUUGGAAUGCCAAGGUGUUUAGUAUAUACAGUAGAGUCUCACUAAUCCAAGUUAAACGGGCCGGCAGAAGCUUGGAUAAGCGAAUAUCUUGAAUAAUAAGGAGGUAUUAAGGAAAAGCCUAUUAAAGAUCAAAUUAGGUUAUGAUUUUACAAAUUAAGCACCAAAACAUCAUGUUAUACAACAAAUUUGACAGAAAAAGUAGUUAAAUAGGCAGUAAUGUUAUGUCGUAAUUACUGUAUUUACGAAUUUAGCACCAAAAUAUCACAAUAUAUUGAAAACAUUGACUACAAAGAUGGCUUGAAUAAUCCAGAAGCUUGGAUAAGCGAGGCUUGGAUAAGUGAGACUCUACUGUAUAUAUACUAUCUUUAAUAGCUUAUGUCUGAUUGAGAGUUGUGUUGCCAUAGACCUAAAAAUACAGACAAUCCCAGAUGAGCUUUGGGAGGCAUGUUUGUCCACAGUUCACACAGGUCCACUUGUAAGCAGUGUAAGAUUUUAAAAAUAUAUUAUACAGAUCUCUUAUACAACUCAUACAUUUAUCAAUACAUUGCUGAAACUAGAUGUUUCUAAAUGUUUUGCAUCUAAACCAUGUAUAUGUUCUAGAUGCACUGGAACACCUCAGUGGGGCCUGCUGAAUCAGACAAAAGAUGUACUUCACAACAGCUAGCACUCUAGAGGCAUACUGCUUCUAAUACUGAAGGUUUUUUGUAGCUUGUAUGGCUAAUUAUCCAUUAUUGACAAUGAAAAGAUAGGAUGAAUGAGUUGAAUAAAGAGAUGAUGAGUUAUGUCCUUUAUAACUAAUAAUGCCAGUAUUCUAAAGAGUGAAGGGAUAAUGGGAAAUCUAUGCAGUUUGAACCAGUGUGGAAGUUAAGGCCAGCAGUGGCUAAUAGUCAGUUUGGCCACUAUUUUCCGUAUUGGAGACAAUGUGCUUCUAUAUCACCAGUUGCUUGGUUGCAUAAGGAAAAAAGUGCUGUUGCACUCAUGUGGUUUUUUAUUAUUAUUAUUCAAAGGAGCUCUUCUUAUGUUUUUAGUUUAAAUGCUGUCAGGAAACCUUUAUGCCCCAAGCUACUAGAGUUACUAGGUAUGCUGGAUAUUAAUUUUGUAUUAAUUCUCAUGACAGGGCUUUGCUUGCUCUCUCAGAACUCUGGUUUGUGCCUGUUUCGAAACAUGCUUGCCCAGCACAUCUAAGAACAGAGUUUGGCUGGAAAUUAAUAAACCUUACACAUUGAUUUAAUCUUCCUCACAAAAGUCACAGUGAGAACCAAAUUUUAGCUGUAUCCACCAUUGCCAAAGAAGGCUGAGUCUACAAGAGACCAGUUGCCAAGGAUGGGACCCAUAUGACUUUCUUAAGGUGACCAGGCUUGCCCCAGACCGGAUGUGACCCCAACCCGUGUCAAGUGCCUUUGUGUGUGCAGUGAGCGUGUGGUACUAUGUACUCCAUAAAUCCUCUUGCGACCAGUGCUCAGCAGUUCCUAUGAUUAGUUGCCCAAGAGCCAUUUUGAGGGAGCAGACUGAGCAGCCCAAGAAGGAAAAGAACUGACCACAUCCACAACCAAUCUGGUUCUCCUUUAGUUUUCUUUCUAUCAUAUAUACAGCCCUAUUCUUGUAAAUACAUGCACAGGACCAGAGCAAUUGCGUUCUUAGACUCCUGCUGCCAAUUAGACUCCUGCUGCCAAUCAGAUUUACCUUGGUUAGUGUCCAAGCAUCCCAUGUGGUUCUUCUAACUUUUUCAUGAUCCAGGCAAAAUGCCUUCCAAGAAGGCAAAUAUCAGUUGCAUGCUGUGCUAAGUAGAAUGUCAAAGGAACUGUUUCAUACAUUAGGAAGUGGAAGAGGACUUGCUUGGCAUUUGUGGGUCCAAUCUCUGCCAUACUUUUACAUUAGGGACUGGGCGUUUUUGCCCAUCUGAGUUGCUAAUCUGGAUAUUUCGCUGACCUGCCUUGCACACAUUCCACAAUACAAUUUACAAGCUGUAAGCAGGAAGAAACGAGACAUGUAUCAAAGGGGUUUUGCGAUAGGGAGGUCUCUCUUAUACCAGGCACAGUGGUCCAGUUCUCACCUCGAACCCUUGCCAGGUUGCCCUUCCACCCAAUAUAACUACGCUGCACAAUGAAGCAAGUGUGUGUUUUAUGCAUUGUACCUAAACUGAAUCUGCUGUUCUUUUGUCUGAGCAAUGGUGUUGCAGCAACAAGUGAGCCCAGUUAGUGUUUUUGCUUGAGGGGCCAAGCCUCAUGUGCCAAAAAGCAAUGUGCUCACCCUGCCUGUGCCUCCUUGCCGUUCUGCCACUUGAGUAUAGAUAUAGAUAUAUAUAUAUAUCAGGGCUGCCUGCGCAGUCCUGGACAAAGCUGCUUCUCCCGUCUGUUUGUUUCAGUAGCUGUAACUCUAUUCUGCCUCAUUCUGAAUGUCUUAAUAUCAUGUAUUUAUUUUUUGUUGACCAAGUAAAUGCUUUUUCUUUUUUUAAAAGUUGCCUGGAUAUUUCUUCUGCAACAACAUAAUGCUGAUCACAUUUGGGAUUUAGAAAGUGGCAAGGUGCAUGGGGUUGAAUAACAUGAUUGUAACAACAUAUGUUAAUUAGUCAUAAUUCAUUAUGAUUAAUAUAAUAAUCAACCCAUUCCUUCUGAAAACACAUUGUUCCAGCUUCACAGGACCUCAGAACGAUGCCCCCUUUUCCUUAGGUGCCAAAUUAUCUUUUUUGUGUUGUUGCAAGGGCCUUCAGUGAGACCAAGCACAGCGCUGGGGUUUGGUUCCAAGACUCUGAAAGACAUGGGUUCAAAUCCUUGUUUGGCCAUGGGAGCCCACCUUGGGCAAGUCUUACAGCCUCAGGGGAAAGCCAUGGCAAACCUAGGAGGCCAUCCUGCCAAGAAAACCCCAUGAGAGCUUCAUCUUAGCAUUGCUGUGAAAUCAAAAAUGCAUUGAGAGCACACAUCAGCAACAAACAAGGGCUUUCUUGGGGUUUGUUCAGGUGCCAUCUCUUCUGCUCUCUCCAUCUUUCAAGGAACCCAAUCAGUAGUGAGAUUUAGGGAACAACAAUUUGAAUUUAGUAGUCCUUCAAGAUAACUAACCAAUCAUUUGCCCUAAAUGGGGAGACCUCUUAACAUCCAGACCUUGGCUGAGUUUAGAUGCUCCUGUAUCACACAGAUGUGCCAUGACGUGUUCCUUCAUAUUGACCUCCCAAUAAGAAUCAUUCCUGACUUUUAGUAGUACCGGCUUUCCUUUAUCUAUCUUUUCUCUCUGGACAAAUUGAACCAAACUUUAGAAACUUCCAUCACAGUGUUUCCCAGAUCUCCUCAUUCCCCUGUGGGCCACCAAUUGACCUCCACUGAGGCCAAGGGUCCCGAUUCCAUUAAUAGCCAUGGGUUCUGUUGCUUUCUGUGUUUAAUUCCGUCUUUGGUAUCAGGGCUGUCCAAAAACAUUCCACAGAGCUGCCAGAAGCUCUUUUUUCAAAAUAAGGACUUUCUGAUGAAGCAAAAGUCCCAGUGUUGAACCUUUUUUACUCUGUUUAACUUGCACAAAGUCAGAAGCUAUUCUAUUUCUAGGGUUAUCUCCUGGAGAGAAUUCUAGCAUUGUUUGUGUCACUCUGAUAGAUGUGUAAUUUCACAGUGUUUUGUUGGGGGCAUUUGUCUCAAAGAUGGGGCCAGAGGGAAGGAGAACAACAGAAAUGUUUGGUUUUGACAAUCAGAAAUGGGGAGACUCUUAAGCAAAAACAGUCAAGUACAGGCUGAGCAUCUUUUAUCCAAAACUGCAAAAUUAUCUGUGGGUGGCUGAUAGUGACUUCUUUGCUUUCUGGUGGUUCAGUGUACCUAAACUUUUUUCAUGCACAAAAGCAUUAAAAUGUCAUAUAGGUGAUGUGUAUAAAGUGUAUAUGAAGCAUAAAUGCAUAUCCUGUUUAGAUUCCCCUCUCCAAGAUAUCUCAUUAUGUACAUAUAUACAAAUGCAGGUAUUCAAAAAUACAAAAUGCUUCCGGUCCCAAGCAUUUCAGAUAUGAGAUACUCAACCUGUAUAAUCUGGACAAGGAGUGCGAACGUCCUUAUCAUUUUAUAUUGUAGUGGAACACAAUUCUUGCAAUGCAGUCUUUUAAAGAACCAGACUUUAUUUCUGUUGUUUUGGCUUGUUUUUGGUCCCCAUGCCCCAGUUUUGUACAAAUGUAUGUGUCAUGAUUCCCAAAACACAAACAGCCUCUUCCCAUUAAUCCUAAUAUCAAUAAUUGCUAUUAACAUUGUACAUAAACUUUGUCUGAAUCCUGAAUUUUUGGGACCUUGGCCAAGCUGUAAAUGAUAUUCUGAAUAAAUGUGCUCAUUCAAAAAAGAAAAAAAGCAGCAGAAACAGUGAAAAA